AUGCCCCUUGUAGACGGCAUACUGACGCCCCAGGACGAGAUCACUGCGCAGCAGGUCCAUCUUCAGGGCCUUCUUCCGUCUGAAUGGCGGGAUCGGUGGGAUCAACGUGCCAAGUGGUUCGAUCAGACGGGGAGACCACUCAGCAACGACUGUGACAUCUGGCCUUGGGACAGGCGCUUUGAACAGUGGAUUCAGGAGCCCAGAGAGUCUUGCAGCAUGGAGGUCGUCACUGAUGAGGAGCAAGUCGCACGGUUCGAGUUCGAGAUGUUGAAGCGCAUGCUGGCGUGGAGACCUGGCGAACGACCGAGCGUGGAGGGGGUCCUCCGCAUGCCCUGGAUGACAAAAUGGGCUUUACCAGCCUACGAGGAGAGUCUGGGAUCUUUGGCCAAGGAUCUUUGA